AUGCGGGUUGCUCAGUUAAUCCUCCCAAACGGUCACGGAUGGGAUUAUCGUAAAAUUACUACUCUGUUUGAACCAUCUACAGCGCGGAUCAUUAAGAGUAUUGAACUUCCUCCGGAUCUGCAGGUACGUGACUUCGUUUACUGGCAGGGAACGAAAUCAGGUGAAUACACUACUAAAUAUGGUUACAAUUUACUGCUACACCAGCAACAAGAAAUCUGUAGCAUGACUUCUCCUCUUGAUACGAAAUUUUUUCGGAUCAUUUGGAGACUGAACAUCAUGCCUAAAUGGAAGAUUUUUUUAUGGAAACUCUGGCACAAUGGUUUAGCCACUUCUUCCAAUCUUUAUGAAAGGGGUAUCAGCAUGAUGAGUGCUUGUCCCAUUUGUCUCGACGAUCAGGAAAAUACACAACAUUUGUUCCGUUUGUGCCCAUUGGCUACUCAAGCUUGGAGGGAAAGUCAUCUUGUAGUUGAUAAUAUACAAACGGAACAUAUGUCGUUUAGGGAUUGGUUGCACUACUGGAUUGUCCACUUCCAUACACAAAGUGUAAUUCUUGAUUCUGGUAUUCAUACUUUCAUUGGAACUCUCUGGACGAUAUGGUUGUCAAGGAAUAACCAAGUUUUUCGCCAUCAACGACCUACAGAAAGGUCCAUUAGUGUUGUGCACCAAGACAGCAUACAACAACACCGGUGUUAUGCCCAACAACAUCGUGAUCCGACCCGUAAUCUGCUUGACCCUAGUUUCCCGCCAGGCUUUCAAGGGGUGCACUUAGGCCAACAGCCUUCUAGUCUAUUUUCAUUAACAGUUUUUGUUGCAGGUACAAAGUUCCAAGGUCAACAUAGGUGUGGUAUCGCUUAG